GGGGACCGCGCACGUCUCGUGUACACUAAUAGCGCGCGAUGUGACACGCGCGUUAUCGUCGGUCGGCCGUGUACGACUUGCUCCCCUUGCCCGCACCGCCGUCGCGUACGCCGUGACACCCGGUUCGCGCGAACGGCACCACUCGAGGACCGCGUCCAAUCAACGCGCGCGUACCCGUCGCGGACGUCACUCCGCACUUCGUAACCCCGGUGCCGCGCGCCGGCCAGAUACGUACGUUCGACGCUCGAUCCGAUCGGACUUCAAUCGCCGCGUAACAGCAGUUCGUCGUGACCACCGGAUCGCACCGUGCCCGGCCCGACCGUCGACGGAUCAACCGGCGCGAAAAUGACGCGCGCCCGUUCGCCGUUCCCGCCGCUGUUGCCGCUGCUGCUCCUGUCCAAGAACCUGGUCUGGUGCUCGUCACCGUCGGACGCCGUCCCGGACCAAAACGAUCCGGACGACUAUUACCGUGCGGACGGUGGCCUGUGCCAGUUCUACCAGAUCGUCGAGCCCGGUAACCGGUCGUACUACCUGUACUCGCCCGACUACCCGAGCGCGUACCAGGCGGACCAGCGCGACUGGGAGUGCCGGUGGUUCGCCAAGACGCCGUCGCCCCUGGACCGGCUCGUGUUGGACUGUCACGAGUUCGAUUUGCCCGAGAGUUCGUUUUGCAAUUCAGAUGCGUUGAUCGUAUCCCGGGUGGGCGAUGAAAACUUCGCGGACGGCGUCAGGCACUGCGGCCCCAAGUCAUUCACGGCAAUCAGCCGCACCAACAAGAUGAACAUUAUGUUUGUGGCGAAACGCCAAAGCAACGGUGGAAGUUUCAUGUGCUCGUUAGGCGCAAAACGCAUGGACUAUAGGAUACCGGAGACGUCGAAAUCUUCACAGUUUUGCGAGUGUGGAGAACACUAUCAGGACGUAGUUUUAAACGGAAAUACGGCUGGCGUGAAUGAGUUUCCGCUAAUGGCUUCGCUGGUAAACGAGCAGACGGCCAAGCUAUUUUGCGGGGCUGUAAUUAUCGGAAAACAUCACGUGUUGACUGCAGCGCACUGUAUGACCGACGUGAAUCCGUUUCAGAUAAUACUUUUGGUUGGUGACCACGACUUUAUCAACCAUGGUGGCAACAUCGAUCCGUCAAUACUGAUGGAGAUCAGCGAAAUCUAUAUCCAUCCGAUGUAUAACUCGCUAUCCGUCGCGCACGAUUUGGCCAUCGUAGAGACGUUUAAAGGGAUUCCUUUCUCAUCCAAGGUAGGACCGGCUUGUUUACCCUUCAAGUAUGUCAAUAAUGAUUUCGUCGGCAGCACCGUCAAUGUUCUCGGCUGGGGGUCGGUGCGUUUUGACGGCUCCAAUUCACUGAAGAAAUCGCACAUGAAGGUGGCCCCGAUGUCUCGAUGUGCCGGCACGUCCAGGAACGAGAUCGAACAUAAUCAGCUGUGCACGUAUAUUUCCAAAGUCAACAAUUGUCAGGUGGACUCAGGCGGUCCGCUCCUAUGGUCCGAUCCGGCAACAGGGAGAUUGAACGUCAUAGGGGUGGUAAGCAACAGGUUCGUGUGCGCCGAAUCCACGCCAUCUGUACAUACUCGACUGGCGACCACCGCCAAUAUGAAUUGGAUUAAAGUGAUACUGAUGGGAAAAUAUUAUUGCAGAUGAUUAUCCAACGUCGUUCUAUGCGUAGGAAAUCGUUUUAUGCGGUUCGUCGUCAUUUCCAUUUAUAUAAUACAUAGUACUAAAAUAAACUGAAUUUUUCAAUAUGC